AAACAAUGCACUUUUUUAGUGCAGUAUCUGCUAACAACUCCAGAGGGAAGUCAUGUGUUGUAUUUAGAGCCUCUUUGCAUUGAGCAAGAUGUCCAACAUAUACACUUUGAGAGAAAUGUUCGGUGGCCAGUGGUCAUCUAGCACACGACUCGAUGGCAAAACAGUCCUUAUAACUGGAGCAAAUACCGGCAUUGGAAAAGAAACCACAAGAGACCUGGCCAAACGCGGGGCCAGGAUAAUAAUGGCUUGCAGAGAUCUUGAGAAAGCAGAAAGAGCACAGAAAGAGAUCAUGGAGGACUCGGGGAACCAAAACAUAGUGAUCAAGAAACUAGACCUCUCUGACACCAAGUCAAUCAGAGAAUUUGCUGAGUUGAUCAACAAUGAGGAGAGAGCACUUCACAUACUCAUUAACAAUGCUGGGAUCAUGAUGUGUCCCUACUCUAAGACAGCAGAUGGUUUUGAGAUGCAGUUUGGUGUCAACCACUUAGGUCACUUUCUGUUAACCUUCCUGCUGAUUGAUCUGCUGAAGAGAUCUGCCCCCUCAAGAAUCAUCAACCUUUCCUCCAUGGCUCAUGGUUGGGGCACAAUAGCACUUGAUGAUAUCAAUAGUGAGAGGAAUUACCACAGUAGGAGGGCGUAUGGUCAGAGUAAAUUGGCCAAUAUCCUUUUCACUCGCUCCUUGGCCAAAAAACUCAAGGACACAGGUGUUACAGCAUAUGCAGUCCAUCCAGGAAUUGUGCGAACAGAACUUAAAAGACAUAUGAAUCUCGGACUUCUAAUCAUGUGGAAGAUUGUCAGGCCUUUCACAAAGACCUCAGUGCAGGGAGCACAAACUACCAUCUACUGCGCAGUACAACCAGAAUUAGAUAAAGAGAGUGGUGGUUACUACAGCAACUGCAGACCUUCAAGAUGCACCAGAGCUGCUAGAGAUGAUGAAAUGGCUGAGAAACUUUGGGAACUCAGCUGCAAAAUGCUGGGAAUAGUCUGGGACUGAAAACCAUGUUUUCCAUGGACAAUUCAGUACGCCCAUCGAGAUAUACCCAACUUGUAUUUGUAAUUAAUUCCAACAUGAACACCCAAGUAAAAAACGCCAUGACACAAACCUCACCAACAAAUACCUCUUUUUCAGUAGCUUGUUUUUAUUUCAAAGUCAGAUGUCAAACAAUAUUUCCAAUUAGAAUAAUUAUUUUUAUUUUUUCCAUUCCCUAGAUCUUUUCUGUUGAUCUCAGUUUAAUAUGUUUUGAUGAUUUCUUUCUUUUUCCUGUGUUGAGUUUUAAUUAUGUAAAUAAGUUGAA